GGGCGCUGCCAUCGUCCUGCUGCACGGUAAGGCCAGCUUGGCGAGCCUGGCCAUGGCCGCCAUCCGCAAGAAGCUGGUGGUGGUGGGGGACGGUGCCUGUGGCAAGACUUGCCUCCUCAUCGUCUUCAGCAAGGACGAGUUCCCCGAGGUUUACGUGCCCACCGUCUUCGAGAACUACGUGGCGGACAUCGAGGUGGACGGCAAGCAGGUGGAGCUGGCCCUGUGGGACACGGCUGGCCAGGAGGACUACGACCGCCUGCGUCCCCUUUCCUACCCGGACACCGAUGUAAUCCUCAUGUGCUUCUCUGUGGACAGCCCGGACUCGCUGGAGAACAUCCCGGAGAAGUGGGUGCCCGAAGUCAAGCACUUCUGCCCCAACGUGCCCAUCAUCCUGGUGGCCAACAAGAAGGACCUGCGGAACGACGAGCACGUGCGGAACGAGCUGGCCCGCAUGAAGCAGGAGCCGGUGCGCACCGAGGACGGCCGGGCCAUGGCCAUUCGCAUCCAGGCCUACGACUACCUGGAGUGCUCGGCCAAGACCAAGGAGGGUGUCCGGGAGGUCUUCGAGACAGCCACCCGGGCAGCCCUGCAGAAGCGCUACGGCACCCAGAACGGCUGCAUCAACUGCUGCAAAGUCCUAUAGGGCGUGUCUGGAGCGCGGCGCUGGGCACGGCGCCUGG